GUAACUGCAGUAAAAAAAAUUAGAUCGAAGUAACCGUCACUUAGAUCGGCACCUUCGAUCUAGAAUCUAGAUCUAGAUCUAGAUUUAAAUAACAUUUCCAGUCUUGCAUUGAGUUAAAAAUAAAAUGCUUCUUUGACAACCAGCGUUUUUUUUAUACUGAGAAAAUGAAGUUAAAGUAGAUCUAUAUAGAACUUGACCCAGUUUAUAUCUACUCCUACAUUUCAAUCAUGGAGUACUCGAUGAGAUUAGUGGAGAAACAUUGUUCCAAAUAUCUUAUGAUGUUUGGUGAAUGUAUUCAGCUGCAUCCACACACCUGGCAGAUAGACUGUGAUUUGGAACGAAGGAAGUUAGCGAAAUGUGCUGAAACCAAUCCUGAAAUAGUUCACAUCAAACAAGUGUGUGGGAAACAGUUUCAUGUGUAUGAAACUUGUAUGACAGAGUUCCAGUCAGAGCCAGAAAAAUGUACAGACUUUUUCAAUGUCUUCUCUUCUUGUGCUCAGGAUGCCUUAAAGACAUAUGGACUGUCUGCUAGUAAUACAAUUCCUAAUGUUGAUUCCAACUCAGAAUAGACCACCAUAAAGAGAGUGCAGAGUAAAUGGUGUGGCUACAGAACUGUUGGAGCUCCACUAGACUUUGAUUGUUAGUGACCUAGCAUUAGUUUGAGUUCAGUUGGAAUCCAGUCUGUACAGUUGUUGUUACAUCUCAUUGAAAGAAGUAAACAUCUGGACCAAGUGGAACAGUUCAUUGAAAACAUU